CACAUUCAUGAAUGACGAUGUUAGGAAAAGGUGUGUGUUUAUCUGCCAUGCAGAUCAUUAUCCAGUUUACCGAAUUCCUGUCCUUCAUGUACAAUAAACCAUAAAUAUCUGUAUCACAAUAACAUUUACAGGGCCAUUACCUAAACGGAUACAAAGGUCACUGCAAUGUGGCUUACAGUAAAUGGGGAACUUCCUUGUCACCUGGCUGGCAGCUCUAAAAGAUAGCACCUCAGCCUAUUCUAUAGCAUCAUACUGUGAGUGUACUAGAAGCACUUUCUAAAUCUGGAACAGAACAAAGUAUUCCAACAACAAUGGAAACUGCAGUAGCCAUCUCUCUCACUCUGUUCAUACUCACAGGUCUCUGUGCUGGUCAGGGUCUGUUUCCACAAGGUUCUGUGAAUGGAGCAGAAGGAGGGACAGCGAUGUUCAUCACAAAUCUAAUCCCACCAGCCCAGCCGUUCAUAAAAAUAUCCUGGACUGUUGGUGGAGCCAACAUUAUAACCUCUCCUGGUGAUGACUCUAUAGGGCCUGGAUACGGAGACAGGAUCACUCUGAACAAAACUACUGGAUCUCUGGAGCUCAGGAAUCUGACCCUGGCUGACAGUGGAGAAUACAGAGUGUCUAUAACAACAGCUACAGCAGAAACAAUCAAUGGAUCAACUGAACUGGUUGUGUAUGAGAAUAUAUCUGAUGCCAACAUCACAGGACCAUCAAACAAUCUGUUUGCAGAUGUGAGCUCCGCCAACUUAACCUGUGAGGCUGCUGGUAACAUCACUACUAUACAAUGGACGAAGGAAGGUCAGCCUCUGUCUGCUGGUGGCAAUAUAUUAUUCUCAGAGGAAAACAGGAAAGUAUCCAUCAGUCCUGUGAAGAGACACGACAACGGUGAAUAUGUGUGUAAACUCACCAACCCUGCCAGCUCUGCUACUGCCUCCUAUAGAAUGAUAGUGAACUAUGGACCAGAGUCCAUGACCAUCCUGGGCCAAAACGUUGCUGAGGUGGAGUUAUUCACCCUUAUUUACUGCUCUGUUCAGUCUGUACCGCCUGCUACGUUCACCUGGUUGUUCAAUGGGCAGCAGACAGGUGUACAUGAAGCUGGAUACAUCAUAAGGAGCGUCAGCUACAACAACAGUGGGGACUACAGAUGUGAUGCUAGGAAUGAUCUCACCGGAAAUGUUAUCAGUGUGGACCAUAGUCUGUCAGUGAAAGAUAAAACCCCUCCACCCCUAAGCCCAGAGGGAGCAGCAGGUAUAGCAGUCGCUGUGAUGUUGGUAGUGGUUGCUGUAGCUCUUGGUCUCUAUUUCGGCAUAACUCAUCAACGGAACAAUUCCACAAAUACUACUGAGACAGGAAUCAGCCAUGCACCUGACACCAGCCAUGGACCAGGGACCAGCCUUGCACCUGACACCAGCCAUGGACCAGGGACCAGCCUUGCACCUGACACCAGCCAUGGACCAGGAACCAGUCUUGCACCUGACACCAGCCAUGGACCAGGAACCAGUCUUGCACCUGACACCAGCCAUGGACCAGGAGCAAAAGGUGGUGUGUAUGAGAAUGUAGGACCUCCAUUACCACCUCCAAGAGGCUCCAACAUAUAUAACAGAAGUAUAAAGUGAGCAGCUGAUUUCACCUCAUCUUCCACAGUUGGCUAUGGAUUCACCCAUCAGGUUUUACACCGUAAUCAAAUACAUGCAGAGAGGACAAACAUUCACUGGAGGACCAGCCAAGGAGACUAGAAACUAGACCCUACUGGACUCCACUACUGAGUAGACACUGGUCUUUGUACUGUACAGCUCAGCCAUCCAGCUAUGUAUACUUGCUCAAUGUAAAUAUGGACUAGGCAACUAUAGAGGACAAAUUAUAUCCCCUUAAAUUGCACACACCAGUUGAAGUCUUACUAAUUUGAAUCUGCUUUCUCUGGUCAGUGUCAUCCCUCAGACCACAACCUGUGCUACACUAAAUGCCAAUAGGGGCGUUUUCAUAGAAACCUCCCCUACUGAACCACAUUUUGCAACAGGUAACAGCAACUUUUUUUUCCACUGAAAGGAGGAAGAUGAGAGGAAGUUUGAGUAUACCUGUUAUGCUUGCUGAAUCCUCAAAAAACUAGUGAGGACUAGACUGCCUAUGUGGCUCUGGCCAAAAGAAGUGCACCAUAUAGGAUACCAAAUAUGAACUGAAAUUCCAAUAAA